AUGGCUACCUCAAUAAUCAAGCUGCACACAUUCUCAGGUGCUGGUGAUAGCUACCCGCCAUGUUUUAUACUCCAAGUUGAUGAUUUUUACUGCCUGCUCGAUUGCGGGUGGUCGGAAAAUCUACCAAGGUCUCGCAUCGCCGAGGUGGGCAAAUGGGCGAAGAGGAUUGGCGCAGUUCUAAUCAGUCAUCCAAGCAUGAGGCAUCUAGGUCUCCUUCCUAUCCUCGUUGGAAAAUACGGCCUAAAAUGUCCUGUUUAUUCUACCACACCAGUUUUCAGGCUUGGUCAACUCUUUUGUUACGAUGAGUUUCAAUCGCGGUUUCUAUGUGAGGACUUUUCACUCUUCUCUCUGGAUGACGUUGAUGACGCUUUUGAACUGUUUGUUCAGGUCAAAUACUCACAGACAAUUAAUCUCCAAGGCAAGGGUCGUGGACUUAGUGUCACGCCACUACCUUCCGACUUUAACAAUGAAAAGAGUCGUCAUCUGAACGGGGCCGCCUUUGACGCUUGCAUUCGUCCGCGAUUGCUCAUUAUUGAUGUCUCAAAUGCGCUAUACACUCAUGUCGGACGUAAAGAUCGCAACGAGGCCUUGCGCCAGUUGCUCCUUAAGACGCUGCGUCGCGGUGGGAAUGUUUUAGUCGCUGUAGACACUGCGGGGUACUGCUUGGAGAUUGCAUAUAUGCUGGAGAGUCUUUGGCACAGUCCAGAGUCGGGAUUCAUGGCCUACGGAUUGGCGAUGCUCUCACACGUGGGAUAUAGUGUCUUCGAUUUCACCAAAUCUCUGGUCGAGUGGAUGUCAGAAAGGAUUUUGCGAUCAUUUGAGGAUCAACGUUGCAAUCCGUUUCAUUUGAGACAUAUGCAACUCUGCCACACGGCUGAUCAACUGGACUGUGUAUCUAACCCAAGGGUUAUCUUGGCCACUGACGCCGGUCUGCGAACUGGGUUUUCUCGCCUCCUCUUUGUCGACUGGGCUGACAACGAAUUGAACACUGUGGUGAUCACCUCCAGGGACGGCGACUUUCGUGAAGCAAAGGAUCUUUCUCUCCUUCUUCAGCAGCAGCAACCAAAUCAACCGGAUGUGUCCUUGGCCCGGCGUCUCAUCGGUCUGAGUCGGGGGGAGGAAUGGGCACAUGAAGGGCUUGCCACCGCGGCCGCCGACACCCUCCUCAUCCCCUUUGACUUCUCCCAACGCGUGCUUGUCUCCGAGGAGAGCGAUACAGGAGAGGGAGAAGGGGAAAAAGGGAACUCUGAGGCGGGUGCAGGACGGUCCUCCGUGGUGGAGACGACCUUGGUGCAUUCAAAGGGCACCGAUGCCGGAGCAGGUAACCAGUUCCGGAACUUUGGUAACUCGGAUGUUUUUGACGCGAUUGACGACCUCGAUAACAACGAAGAUGACACCGAGAACGAUGGUGACGAAGUCGGCACUGGUCAGGCACAUGCUUCCUCUGCCACGUCUGGUGGUGGCACUGGCGGAAGUGUUUUCUUCAACCAACCCUAUAGUCUCCUCCCAAGCAGUAAUGGAACGCUCACUCACGGUCGUCACAUGGCCUGCUAUGACAUCUUCCCGGGUGCCCAAGUCCACUCUGGGGGACAAUUUUUUCGCUCCACCAAGCGGACCCAACCCGUCUUUCCUACCACUGAGCGGGUUGUUCAAUGGGACGAGUACGGGGAGAAAAUCGAUACGAACGUCUACCGUAUGUCCGCCGAGGUUGGUGGGCCUGACGGCGUCAAGAAACGACAUCAGAGUUCAGCCACUUCUGGUGGUGGUAGAAACGUCGGAUCGCGUGCUUUGUCCACAUCCUCAAGAGUGGAAAAGACCACGUCAACGCGAGGUGAGAAGAAGUCGCGUUUCGACAUCCACUCGGCCUCCUCAGAUCAGCUACUGAACUUGCUGGUGCUGCAGAACAUCUCCAGUAGCAGUCUCACUACCCCUGGCUUCCAGAUGCCCACUAACAUCGCCACAAAAUGUAUGACGGUGAAAAUGGAGAUCCCUCUGCGUUGUGAUGUUAGCUUCAUCGACUAUGAAAGUCGUUCGGAUGGAAAGGCGUUGCGGAAGAUCAUCACUGGCCUACGACCACAUGAAGUCAUUUUGGUAGGUGCCACGAGGUCUGCCAUCGACGCAAUGGUGGAGCACUGUCGCUCUGACCUCCAACUCAAGGACGAGGUCAUUCACACGCCCUCGGGAUUGGAUGUUGUCAACUGCACCAAGGAGGGGGAUAUUUAUCAGGCACGAAUGAAGGACAGCUUGGUGACGGGUCUGCGCUUCACCAAGAUCCGCGAAUACGAGUUGGCCUGGGUGGACGCAGACAUUCUGGAGGCGGAGGAGAAUGCGAACCCCACGAACGGGCUGGAGGCAGGGGCCGACGGAGAAGCCUCGCUAGUCACCAUUCUCGCCUCCGAUGCUUUGCCCGUUCUUGCGCCACCCUCUGGUCCUGUUGUCGACCACCCCACUGUCUUUGUAAAUGAGCCGAAGCUCUCUGACAUGAAGCAACUGCUACUGAAUCAGGGCCUCCAGGCAGAGUUUGUGAGCGGUGUGUUGGUAGUGGACAACUGCGUGUCCAUCAAACGCACAGAGACUGGCCGAAUGACCCUGGAAGGGGUGAUAUCGCCUACCUACUUCGUUGUUCGGGACAUUCUCUAUCGUCAAUUCGCCAUUCUCUGA